AUGGUUUUUUAUUUAAUUUAUAUUUUCCAAUUGAUUCAUUUCCCCUUAAACAAUACAAUAAAAAUUGAGCUGGCUUUGCAAAAGAUAGGGUAUGACUUUCAGCAUUUAAUAACUGGUCAUUUGAAGGACUUGAACAACAUGGCUACAUGUUGUGAAAUCAAAUCAAACCAAACCUUCAUGAGUAUUCGCGCUUGUAACACACAGUAUGCCACAUGAUCACUUGCUGUUACUCAACACUUGUACCACUUUUAAUGAUAGUUUUAUUGAAAAUGUCAACUUUGAGCUCACCUUCACAGCUAUUUGCUUCUGUUUAUUCGAUCACAAACUACAUUUCACAAAUACUCAAUCUUAACAUUUGUCUGUGUUCAACAAACAGGUUGUUCCUGAAUGCCGUUCAGUGAUUGGUCGUUGUUUGUUAACAGGCAUUCUUUGAAACUAGUUAUGAGGUAUCACUUGACACUAAUGAAAGACUUAUAAAUAACAUAAUUGCCAAAACAGGAGGCUAAACGUGCCGUGAUUCUUGUAAAAAUGGCCUGAACACUGAACAUUGAGCUCAUGGAUAGCAGCGGGCUGCGUUUUUGUGUUGGGUCCAGAAGCUUCUGUCCACAGCUGUCACACUGGGCCUGACUUGGCUUUACAUUCCUGCUGUGAGCUAUAAGACCUGUUCAGAUCUCAGUACAGUAGAUCUGCUCUGCUUUUAACAGCACCAUUGGUUUUUGAGUCAAGGUAUUAUUAUUAUUCUUUGUCAUAAUGGAUGAAAACAUCCUGUGGGCGACGGCUGUGGUGGACAGAAGAGCAGCUCUUGAUAAACGUGAGGAGCGUCGAGCUCGGGCUCGGAAGUUGGGGAUUUUGGUUGUGGAUGCGGGAGCCGAAGGAGGGAAUGUAUCUGUCAAUCAAAGUCUUGCAGAUAUUCAGGAUGAAGAACGAGUGAGGAAGAUCUCCUCUGAUCUGAGGCGUGAGAUUGUUGAUCUAGGAGGCGCAGAGAACAUUAUUGAGCUGUGCACACAGAAGAAGAAGAUCAAGAACAAGACAACACUUUCCAAAGACAUAACGAAUGUUUCUGGAGCUGUGGAGCCAGAGGAGUUUUUAAAAGCAGCAGCUCAGGGAAAGAUGGAAGUAGUGGAAAGGUUUCUGGACGAUGGGGGAGAUCCAAACACCUGUGAUGAGUUCAGGAAAACAGCACUGCAUCGAGCUGCUUUGCAAAAUCAUACUAAAAUAGUGGAAAAAUUACUGGACAAAGGAGCUGACAUCAAUUUUAAAGACAGGCUGGGCUGCAGGGCUGUGCAUUGGGCUUGCAGAGGUGGAAGUCUCUCAGCAUUAACAGUUCUUCAGGACAGAGGAGCAGACAUCAACGUCAGAGACAAACUGCUCAGCUCACCUUUACAUGUGGCCACAAGAACGGGUCACAGCGAUGUGGUGCAACAUCUUUUAGACAGCGGAAUCAAUAUUAAUGCCAAGGAUUGGGAAGGAGACACGGUUCUACAUGACGCUGUCAGAUUUAAUCGAUAUAAAAUUGUCAAACAGCUCAUCCUGGCAGGAGCCGAUAUGCAGAUCAAGAAUGCUGAGGGCAUUACAGCCACUGAACAAGUGAAGCAGUGGCAGUUUGACACUAAAGAGACACUGGAGAAGCUGGAGCAGAUGAAGGAGGUUGGUCUGGCCUGA